GAUGUUAUUGCAUUAAGAAGAGGCAAGCUAGCUAUAGGUAGCUAAUAUAAGAAAGCAUAUAUACCACACUACUACAUUCAUUUUGAGUUUGUACUUAGUUAUUGAGAAUACAUAUAUACAAAGAUAGAUGUCGUCGGGAAGAAGGUCUCGGCAAUCGGCGGCGGCGGGAGGCACGGCGGCGGCGCCCCGAAUAAGCGAGGCCCAAAUAAUCGAUCUCGUCUCCAAACUCCACCAACUCCUCCCGGAGAUUCGCAGCUCCACCACCGGCCGCCGUGGCGCCACAAAGGUUGAAUUGCAGGCUGCAGGAUCAGCAUCGGCAAACAAAGUGCUUCAGGAGACGUGCAAUUACAUACGAAAUUUGCACAAAGAAGUGGAUGAUCUGAGUGAGAGGCUUUCCAAUUUGCUGUCAACCGUUGAAGCUGACAGUCCCCAGGCUGCAAUUAUUAGGACCUUAAUCUAGCUAGCUAGCUAGCUCCACUCUUAAUAAUAAUUAAUUUAAUUAACUAUAUAUAUAUAUAUAUAUAUAUAAUAUGUAUUCUAAUUAACUUCAAAUUAAACUUACGUUGAUAAAUAAAUUUGUUAUUUAGGACCCCCCCGGCCAGGUACGUAUCAUCAGAUUAAAUAAUAUUUAUAUGCUGAUUCAAUAUUGCCAUAGCUAGCUAGCUAGCUUGGUAUGAAUUAAUUAAUUAAUUAUAUUAUUAAGUAACUAAUAUUACUACGUACUACUAUUUCAUGAGGAGGCCGGCUAGCUAGGGAAUACGACGUCGUUAUGUAAUAUAUUUGUAAUAAUAAUAAUAAUUAUUACUACUAUGUAUCCCUCACUGCUCUGCUGUAAUGGAUCUGCCUUAAUUGAUUGAUAUUAUUCCAUCACAAAACUUUUAUUUAAUAUAUAACUCCAACGUCGCAUUA